AUGUCAUGGGACGAGGCUAAAAGGAGAUACCGAUCACAGAGCCAGGAUCUCCAGGAACCCAUUGCAAUAAGCUCUGAUCGCGGGUUCCAUCCAGUCAACGGCAAUAACGACAACUACACCUACGAGCCACAAGGCAUGGAUAUCGAUCAGUCACCCACGAGCCAACAAACGGUCCAGUCAUCUUCCACCGACGCUCAAACGAGGACCAGCCAAGCGUCGACCAUCAUAGCCAAUCCGAGCCGCAGACGAUACAGCGCCGUAUACGUGCUCCUCCUCGUAUGGGGAGACGAACAGGACGAGGUUGUGAGACAGUCGGUGGAAGAACUGCGAUCAGUGUUCGACAGGCACUACCAUUAUACGUUUGAGAUGGACGUGAUACCUUCUGACGAGCCCGAGCGCUCAUGGAGGUGGUUGUCACGGAGGAUCAACCAAUUCAUGGAGCAGAACGACCAACGAGACGUCUUGAAGAUCUUCUACUACAACGGCCGCACACAGCUGGACGGAAAUCGGGCAAUGGUUCUCGCCAGCUCCACGCAAACCGGGCAGCCACGCACCAUUCAAUGGAACGCCGUACAACCCUCGUUUGAGCAGGCGAUCGCGGACACACUCGUCAUCAUGGACUGUCGGUACUUCGGCAUACUGGGAGCGGCACGGCGCCGGGGCACGCUGGAAGUACUCGCGGCAGGUUCAUUCGAGGAGUACGCCAGCCCGCUCGCCCGCUGCGCCUUCACGCAGGCGCUGAGCGAGAAGCUGCGGACCCAGGCCGCUCGCAUGCGGCCCUUCUCGGCCGCCCAGCUCCACGCGCACCUCCUCGCCGAGUACCCCCGGAUCGUGCAGGAUUUGAACCCGGACCGUGAGUUCCUCAGCACCUUCCCCGCACCGCUGCACCUACAGCUCGCCGACAGCCAAAUGGUGCCGUCUGUGCUACUCGCGCCCCUGCGGGGCAGCAGGCUCAAUAGCACCGAGAGCGUCUCGCCGUCGCCCGGCGCGGAGGUCAGCAUGACGGUACGCCUCGACAGGGAGCCCGACGCCGACCGCUGGGCUGACUGGUUGCGCCUUAUGCCCGACGGCGUCAGAGAGGUUAAGAUCGAGGGCGCCUUCCGGUCGGCGUUGAGAUAG